AUGGUCCUGUUGGCCGAGGCGCUUAUCUGGGCCACCCUCAUCACCAUCACCGUGCUCAACAUCGUGACUGCCGUCUUUUUCGCGAAGAAGGCGCGUAACAGCGACUCAGACUUAUCAGGUAGGCAUUUUGUGGGUGCUGAAGUGAUUUUUUCGUACCAUGUUCCACCAGGAAUACAUCCAGCUAUCCUGGUGGAACUUGGUAUGAGCACGUGCACGACGGACAAUUGCAACCUAAGUACAAGGCCGGCGCGAUUAUCGCCGUUCUAUGCGGCAUGCAGCUCAUCGACUUCUGGGUCUCGUGUUAAAAGCAACAUCAUCAGCGUCACGACGGCUGGGACUUUCGCCGUAUGGAAAAACGCGGCCAUCACGCCGUUCGUCACGAUGGAGGCGUGGCUACGUGCAUUGACGCUUAACCUCGGCAGCAUCAUCUUCGGAUCGCUCAGUGUGGCGAUACUAUAG